AUGGUUGCUGAGCUUGGGCAGUAUGUUCAUGCAAUUGGGACGGAUUCCAACAAUUUGAUGGAACCGCAAAGUAUCAAAGCGAUCUACAUUGAACCUAUGAAGGGACAAUGAGUGGAUGACACGGAACAAGGUAACUUAGAGGAAGCCUUUGAUCAGGACUAUGAACCUGAAGAUGAAGAUGAACAUGAUUUCAACCUAUUCGAUGAUAGCAUUGACUCCCAAAAAAAUGAGCUCUUGGCAGAUGCAGACAAUGAUGCCGAUGAUAUGCCAAAACUCACUGUCAGAUUCCAAGGGGAUGAUGACUAUGAAUCAGAUGACGACGAUUCGGGUGAUGAAGGCAAUGAAGAGGAAGAACCUAUUGUGGCCGAUUUGGAUCACCAUCAAGAAAAUGUCGAUAGAGGAACCGAUGAUAUUGGGAGCCUCAUUACCAAUCUGGAGGAUCUACAAGAACCGCCAGAAGAAGAGAUUGUAUUUGAGCCUGAAGAGCCUCAAGUAGCAAAGGUCACUCGAUCUGGGCAAACGUAUGCGCAAGCUGCAAUGUCAGGGCUGGACCUUUCUCAGGUUCCAAAGAAACCAAGAGAAUGGCCUUCAAGCAGGAGUGGCAGUUCUGCCAAUAAGAACAAGAAUUGA